AUGAACGCCUUUGGCGACGAACAGCGUGCUGGCCAGUGUACCCUGCGAAGCAUCACUGAUGGCUCGUGCCCUGGAGCCUUGGAGCUGACGUCAAUCGUGUACUGUUCCUCACGGUUUCUCGCCACGAAGCACGUGGGCGAGGAAUCGACGGACUUGAAGAGCGGCAACGUGCUGGUAUCAUCGUCGCUGCGUGCCAAGAUUACGGACUUUGGGUCCAUUCGCCAGUGCUUCACGCGUGACAGAAAUCAGCAGCAAAGGACACGCCUGUCCUCAAGCCAUGCAUGA